ACCAACACCGUGAUUGUUGUUGUUAUGGCACCCACUCCGAUAUGGCGCAGGUUUGUGCUCUCACUGACGACCAAAGGAACACGUCAACUAUCAGAUAUUGGUCUGAUGAAUUGUUUUCUGAUAAAUUCAGCAGUGCUGUUCUUCCUCGUUGUUUCUCUCGCCCCUGCCGUGAGCGGGAGCACCGCUGUGUCUGUGGUAGAGCCGCCGAAUCAGCUGCAAUAUUGCUCCUUCUUCGCCAAUCGAGCGCCCAAGAUACAGCUGGGCCUCAAGAACUGUACGUGGUUCAAAGAAAACAGUUGCUGCCGCCAAGAGGAGAUUGACGCCAUCUUCGGAAGGGUAAAGCCGCUGAGAGGAGCCUCCCCUGCUUGUCAACGCUACACCAACUACCUUAUGUGCUACAUAUGCGCGCCAAACCAGAAUACGUUUUAUAUGAUGGAGAGCUUGACCGUUUGCGAGGAGUUUUGUGAUGCGUGGUACGAUGCCUGUCAGAGUGCCAUUCUGAAGGGCUCCAUCAUCAAAGAACUCUAUUCUAACGGAACCGAGUUUUGCAAUAGUCGUAGGUUCAAGACAGAUUCGCUUGCCAAGAGGAACUGUUUCUUUUUCGACGCAAAGUUUGACAAGAGCGGUGCAGCCAGUGGUGUUUUGCUUCCGGGUCAGGUGUUUUUAUGCUUACACUUGUUAGUGAUUCUUUGGAAUAGAAUACUGUAAUAAAUAAGCUUUUCGUU